AUGGCAUUUGGUGAGUGCAGUUUAUGUAUUUGGGACAGCAAAACUCGAGUGAACUUCGCCAUCAUACUAAUGAUCUGCCAAUGCUUCUUCAUGGGCAUUGGCAUUGGAUCUCUCUCAACUGUUGCGCUUAUUUUCUACAAAUUCCUCGCUUUUCGACUUGCUGGUUUGGAUUUUGUAAACUGGAAGAUCGUGUGGCUGAUGUUCAGUGUGGGAGUUAUCUACACCACCAUCCAUUUCUUCAUAUUUGUCAUAUGUCUGUCCGUGACGGAUUGGAGGAUGUUCUACAGGGGCCAACUCUGCUUCCAAACCAUCACAUUCUUCGUCGUCUUCUUCGUCAUCUACUUCCUCAUCGUCAUCCUAGUUGCCGGCGCCAUGGUCAAAAGUUACAAGUUGACCCUUCAAACGGUUAUUUAUAUUUUCAUUAAACUUCUUGGUUUCUUUUAA